AUGGCCGAACUUGGGAAAAGAGUGGCUCUCAAUGGGCUUCAGGGUACUGUUAGGUUCAUCGGCGAAACAGAGUUUGCACCAGGCACUUGGUGCGGUGUUGAGCUAGACGAAAAAUGUGGCAAGAACGACGGCUCAGUGCAAGGAGUUCGAUAUUUCAACCAAACUCUCAAAGAUGGUCUUUACGGACUGUUCGGCAGGAUCGAAACAGUUCGUCCUAUUAGCACGAGCGGCUCUGUGGCUUCGAGCCCCAACGAGUCGCGCAAUCUUCAUGGCGUAAUCCUCAAAUUGCAGGAUAAGCUUUACGGUCUGCACCAUAGAUACGCGGACUUGGAGCUACAAUUAGAAAACUGUGCCAUUGAUAAGGAAGCGCUCAAAGAAGAAAACGAAGAACUGAUGAGUGUUAUCAUAGGAUUGCAACAAGAGCUAGCAACACUACGGCAGGACCUUAGUGCUCUUCAGCAAGAAGUUGACUUACGCAGAAGUAUUGAAGAACAUGAAUGGGAGACAGACGCCGGGAAAUUGUCUCAUGAGGCACUUUGGAAACGUAAUCAGUUAGUUGAGGUAGCUCUUUCCAAGCUUCAGGAAUCUCUAGAUGAGUCUAAUGAGGAAUGCAUUUCGUUGGCAGCAGAAAACGACCAGAUCAAGAUGGAGCUCUCGGUUACGGCUGCAGAGCUCGACGAGUGUAAACACGUAGUCGAGAGUUUAGCUUCCAAAUCCGCUGACAAUCAAAUAAUCGACAAAUUAACCGAAGAAAAUACCGACUUGAACGCGAGGGUCGAGUCUUUCAAAGCAACUGUCGAAGAAUUGAAAUCAGAGCACGUCGUUGCCAAAGAUUUGCAACAAAUCUACAGUGACUUGGAAGAAGAACUUUCUGAACAGCUACGUAUACUGCGCGAAAAUGCUGAUAGAGACAAACAUACCAUUACCCUUUUAGAAAGUGAGAGAGCAGAGCUUUUACACGAGCUUGAACGCGUCAAAUCACACGCAAAUACCAGAGACUUCUGCCAGCAAAUUGAGCAGUUAAGCAGUCAGCUUUCUAAAACUCAAAUGAUAGCGAAACGAAGUGUUUUGAACGAAAAAUUCAGUAAUAUAGGGCUGGGGGACCAAGGGUCUCGCGCACCUCUUACAUUGUCCAAGCAGGUCCAAUUCUUAUCAAAUCAUCUAUUGCAAGAACAAUUUCCAGCUGAUUUGCAGGUCAAACUUCAAGGCAGCUUUUUUUUACAAUUGAUGGCACAAGAACUCAUGGCCUGGCAUCGUCAAAGAGAGAUAUACACUGAUACCCUACAUUCCUUUAAACCUACAGCCUUUCAAAUCAAUGAAUGGAAGGAGCUAAUUUUUGACAACAAAAUUCCCCAGGAAUGCUCAGCAGAUUCAAUAGCGCAUCAUCUCAAGAAUCAGGGAGGGCCGUUAAAUAAAGACGCUUCUUUUUUGCUUUCCUUCAUAAGCGCUACUGCGGAAACCUUUUUACCCUUGAUUUUUGACAUUCUCUCGAAAGACUUUGAUUUAAAGAAAGUGUCGCUUAUCCAUUCUAAGGCCAAGCAGCUCGCCACUACAUGUAAGAAGCAACAAGAGCAAAUACCCAUAGGAUCAGCUGGCGUUACCCAUGACCCAAAAAUUUCGGAGUUGCUAUCAACUUAUUUUCAGGAUGUCGUUUUCAUAUUGACGUCUGGUAAGUCAGACAAUGAUAGCAUAGAUCGAGCCAUUGAAAGCCUUGAAGCCUUAAACUUUGUAUUAGAAAAUAUGAAGUUUGACAAGAUCUCGAGUGCGUCAAAGGUCUCGGUUGAGCAGCCUAAGCUGCAGUCAAAUUUAUUGGUUGAAGACAGGGUACAUAACUCAAAUGGCUCAACGCCAAAGGCUCGUCUCAGAGACAAUAGAAUAGAAGAGCUUGAGCUCAAACUAAAAGUUUAUGAAAAUAAGGUUGAGCGUCAUAAGCAUCAAGAAGAAACCAUUGUUAAACUCCAGCAAGAAUUACACGGGCUCAAAUGCAACAAAAACACCCUCGAAGCCAGCGUGUCCGCUCUCCAGGCAAGAAGUUCGGAGCUGACAGAGAAGCUAGAGUCUGAGAGAAUUAGACAAAACUUCCUGUUUCCCAAGCCUCAGAUGAUUGACUUGGUAAAGGAAAUGGAAGCGACCGACAAAAUCGAUCUUAUUUCACAGAUAAGUGAUUUACGAAGGGUCAUUGUAAAACAUGAAGAGGCGAAAUAUACUUUGGAAGAGGACAAGUGGCUCAGAAAGCCGAUAGAAGCUCGUGGAAACAUUGUGAAUUCAGAAUUUUUUACAAAGCUGAACGAUGCACAUAAAAGCAUUGACUGCCUAGUCAAGUCUCUAGAUGUUGUUCCGCUGGAUGUUAAUUAUUCAGGCAAAGAACGUUCAACAAAUAUAUCUUCCUACUAUUGCAAAUCCUUGAAAGAGAGAAGCAUUGGUAUUGAGAGUCUUCUCAGUGGAUUGUGCAAACAAUGA